CGUGCGUUCUGGUCGGCACUAGCGGCGUAUGCGUGAUAUUCUGGUGGUCCCCAGAGUCCUGCCUGUUGGCCCGCUGCUACGUCUGAUUGGAUUUUUGGCGCAAGUAGUCUAAAAAGCCGGCUAAAGUGUUCCGCGUGCGUGUGUGUUGCCGGAAAUACUUAGAGUAAUCGAAAGGCAGAAAAAAGUCAGCAAAAAAAAACACCAUAACAAAUUCUAAGGAAAAUUAACUUGGGGCAAUCGUUAGAAGGUGGCUCUGGCUCUGGUUCUGGCCCUCUGUUGCUGCCAUUAUUAUGUUUUGUUUUAGCCUACUGGCCUCCUGCUAACUCGAAAGUAGGUUAAUUGACGUGUGUUGUGGGUGGAUCGACGAGGAGAAUAACGCAAAAAAAAGAUACAUAUAGAAAAACAAAUACCAGAGGCACAGGCAGUGGCAGAGGCAUAGCCAUAGACAGGAAGUUCAGUGUCCAAAGGCUCAGCAAGGAGACCUCUCAAAGGAGCUUAAGCUCCAGCUUAAAGUAAAGCUUAUCCAAGGUCACUCGAGCAGCUCAAGGAGGAGAGGCAGUCGCCAGCCAAUGCAACCUGCACAGACAUCAUUAGAAGUGAACGCCAACCACACAAAAUGCUGAUACUGCUGCCAUUUUUGGGAAUAUUUGGCAAUGGUCUCGUUGCUGGAGUCGUCGAGGCGAGCCUGAGUCUGGGCUUUAGGGCCAUCAAAUUGCCCCGACAUCCCAAUCCGGCCAAUUGCAGUGUUGGCAACACAACAUUCGCACAUGGAGUCACAUUUAAAUUGGAUUGUAAAACCCAAUGCGUUUGCGAGAAUGGCCGCCACGCCUGCUCGACGCUGUGUCCCAACGAGCAGCUGCCGGCGCCGGAGGACACCAUUUCCUGCCGAUCGCCGCGCCUCGUCGAGGUGCCCGGCCACUGCUGCAAGAUGUGGCUCUGUGAGAAUCCAACAGCUGAUGUUUACGCCACCUGCCACAACAGCACCACCAGCGGCAACUGGACCGCCUGCAGCCGGAGCUGUGGCCUCGGCACGGCCACCAGGCAGACGAGCACACCCCACGCGGGCUGCCAUCAAUUGAGCAAUUUGCGGCUCUGCGAGAAUCGUAGGUGUGACGAUGGCGAUGGCGACCACAGCCAAGCGGACAAUAGGCGGCGGAGCAGCAGCAGCAGCAGCAGCAGCAGCCACUCAUUAACACGGAGAAGGAAACACCAUGUGGAGGAGGGCCAUGCCCCACACACCCAUCAUCAUCAUCAUAAUAGAGAGCAGCAGGAGCCGGCACACCGGAUACGAAAGGGCCACGAGUGCCGCAGCAUACAGCGCCUGGGUCCAGCGCGGAUUCGUUUGGGGGAAUGCGUCUCCCGUAAGCUCUAUCGACCGAAGCUGUGCGGACGCUGCCAUCGCGGACUCAAGUGCUGUGCCCCGUCGGUGUCCACCACGAUACAGGUCGAGCUGUUGUGUCCCUUAAAUGCUGUCGAUCCAAUUAACUACGUACAACAGCGUGUCCUGGCCAGACAGAGGCAACAGCAGCAGCAGCAGGACGAUGAUGAUGACGACGACAGCGAGGAUGAGGAUGAGUAUGAGCAGGAACACUCAGAGCAGCCCAAGGAGCAGCAGCAAAGUGCACAGUUAUGGGAUACCGUAGCAUUGGAACCAAUCGAUCAGGAAUUCCUGCAAUCACAUCAGAUACAAAUUGAGAAUAAAUUCAUUGCCGUCGAAUGGAUACUGAAAUGUGAAUGCAGCAAGAAUCAUUGCAAUGGUGACAGCGGCAACACCAGCAGCAACAUGCACCAUGACAACAUGUCCAACACGAAUAAAUAUGGUUACAACAAUUACAAAAACCAUAUUAAUGAGGGCCAACAGAAACCAGAGACGAGGCAGCGAGAGAGGCAGCGGCAGCGACAAAACCACGAAAAUAAUGGCCAGCCAAAUGAGCAAACCCAAAACAACGAGGAGGAUGCGGCCAACAUGGAUCUAGACCACAACGAAAUAGACAAUUCGUCCUCGGAACAACAGCCGGACAUAAUACCCUACCCAUUGAGCGUGGGCGAAACCAGUUGGAAGACCGCAAAAAUGCGACAAAAGCAGCAAAAGCAGCAGGAACAACAGCAACAUCAGUCACACCAGCAGCAACAUUGGCAACAUUACACAUAGCCCAAACAUAAAACUCAUUUGCGAUAGAGGAAAAGUGGAGAGGGCGAGGCGAGGGAUCAGAAAUCUCUGGUUAAAGUGGAGUAGCAACGGGAUCAGCAGAUUGUAGGGGCUAGGGCAGAGUAGAGUUUAAGAUUUGUACAGCAUAGCGAUACAUAAAAACAAAAGACCAGUCCCAAAGGAUGGAUGGAGGGAUGGUUGGAGUGUAAAGAGUGGAGGUACGGUAAGGGUGAUGCAAGUUAUACUUAGGAUUUGAACAUAUCGAGGCCGUAAGUUUAGGUAUGUCAAUGGAUGAUUAGGGUUAGAGGAGAACCGAAGCAAAAUCAAGCAAGCAAGAGCCCAAAAACACAGGAGGAAUCAGCAACAAGCACAAGUCAAAUAUUUCCAAAUAUUUUUGCAAGCAAAAAAUAAGAAACAACAAAAACAAGAACAUAAUUCCCCCAUAAAAUAAUACUAAUAAUAAAAGUAAUAAUAGCAUACUUAUACACAUAAUUAGUAAUAUUAAAUUUAAACAAAUAAAAAGCAAAAACCCGAAAUAAAUGUAUUGUAAAUGGCUUCGAAAUCCCUUUGCCAGAGAAGCGUAUUUUGGCCUAAGCUGCCGUCAGAGGAGGGUUAAACGCUCUGCAAGGCAACUGCUAAUUUGUGUGCAUUCAAGUUAUAACUGUUAACUGUGCUAUACUUAUACUCACUUGUAUUCGAAUCUUAUACGUAUAAGACUCACUGCUUGAAGGGUACGCUGGAUGGGGGCUUUAACAAUGAAUUUAGAUGGCUACAAUAAAUGAAUGUAAAUGAAUCAACUAUGAAUACAUAUCCCCACCCUGAUUUAAGCAGCUUAUCAACACCCACACCCACACCCACACACACACACACCCAUAGCCAUAUCAAUUGUACGAAAUAUCGAUGUAAGUUUCAGGACUAAAGUCAAACCUCUUAGCUGGCAUUCUCAGAGCUGAGCAAA